UCUUUAUUGUUCUCUCUCUCUCUCUCUCUCUCUCUCUCUCUCCACCAUGAAAUCUCAAUCAUGGUUAGUAAUGGCUUUAAUUUGCAUGAGUUUCAUGCAAAUAUGCAGAGCAUCCUCCAAAGAAGAUAAUAAAAUAGUUAGUUUACCAGGGCAACCGCAAGUCAGUUUCCAGCAAUACGCUGGGUAUAUUACCGUUGAUGAAAAGCAACAGAGAGCUCUUUUCUAUUACUUUGUUGAAGCAGAAACAAACCCUGCUUCAAAACCUCUCGUUCUCUGGUUAAAUGGAGGACCUGGUUGUUCUUCUGUUGGAGCUGGAGCUUUUUCUGAGCAUGGUCCCUUCAGGCCAGCUGGUGGAGUGAAUCUGACCAGAAAUGAAUAUAGUUGGAACAAAGAAGCAAAUAUUCUAUAUUUGGAAUCACCAGCAGGAGUUGGUUUCUCCUAUUCUGCUAACACAUCUUUCUAUGACUCUGUGAACGACACUAUCACAGCACAAGAUAAUCUGGUGUUCCUGCAACAGUGGUUUGAAAAAUUUCCUGAUUACAAGAACAGAGAUUUCUUUAUCACUGGGGAGAGCUAUGCAGGUCACUAUGUCCCACAACUUGCAAAUCUCAUCGUUCAAUCAGGAUUAAAAUUCAAUUUGAAGGGAAUAGCUCUAGGAAACCCUCUCCUGGAAUUCAGUACGGACAUGAACUCAGAGGGAUACUACUACUGGUCUCAUGGGUUGAUCUCAGAUUCUACUUAUCAACUUCUCACUUCAACUUGUAACAUGUCACAGCUAUGGAGAGAGGGAAUAAGAGGCUCUCUUUCACCUGAUUGUGAAGCUGUUAAUGAUCGAAUUUCGGCAGAAAUUCCUUAUGAAAUUGAUGAGUAUGAUGUCACUUCUGAUGUUUGUGUUUCUUAUGGCCAAGCACAACUGAAAGUGAAUGAUCAUCCUUUGAGGGCAAGGUUCCGAUUUUCUAAAUCAUUACAAGAAAAUUCUAGCAAGCCCGUAAGCUCUCCUUAUACGCAGAAAGCUUCAGAAAAUAUCGAUCUUUGUGUACAAGAAAAGACUUAUGAAUACUUGAACUUCAAAAAUGUUCAAGAAGCUCUUCAUGCCCAGCUAGUAGGAAUCGCCAAGUGGAGUUCCUGCAGCCAAGUAGUUAACUACGAUAGGGAAAACCUUGAGAUACCUACCAUUGGCGUGGUGGGUUCACUUGUCAGUUCAGGCAUUCGGGUUCUAAUAUACAGUGGAGACCAAGAUUCGGUUAUUCCAUUUAUUGGGUCAAGAACAUUGGUAAAUAAUUUGGCAAAGCAGCUGGGACUGAAUGCAACUGUGGCUUAUAGAGGUUGGAUUGAAGAUAAACAGGUUGGUGGAUGGACAGAAGUUUAUGGAGACAUAUUAAGUUUUACAACAAUUAGAGGAGGGUCUCAUUUGGCACCAUUUUCAUCACCCAAGAGAUCACUAGCAUUAUUUAAAGCAUUUCUAGCUGGGAAGCCACUUAGCUAAAUCAAGAACAUGGAUCUAAAUUUCAAGAAAGGAGUUUUCCCCAUACAAUCAUACUUGAUGGGCAAUGCAAUUUCUUUUAUGUUUCUUUCUUCUUUCUUCUUUUGAUUUUUGAAUAAUUGAGAUGUUUGAAUCCCUGAUGUAUUUCAUUGAUUGCUCAUCUCUUUUUUAGCAAUUCAAAUUCAUUUUUAUUUUCUAGUCA